AGGGAUAUUCAAGACAACAGGAUAUAUCAAAUAAACUGACCAUUAACGGAUUAAAAGACUCACAAAGCCUCAUACUGGGGCCUUAAAUCAUAGUCUUGACUUAUAUCGACUUAAGAGCGAUACAAUAGCGAGCCGCCAUGGAUCUGGCUUAUGAUCAUAUCACAGAAGAUGGCUACGCUAAGAAGACGGAAGAGCCAAAGAGUCCUCAACCUCAGUCAACACUGAAUGAGGACCUCCAAGACGCAUAUAAAGCCUUUUCCAACAGCCCUUGGGGUGCCAGGAUUGGUGGCUUCUUUGGCAACGUUGUUAAGCAGGGCGAAUCAGUAUACACACAAGCCUCCAAGGAGUUGGCGGAAGUAGGUGAAGAUGCAUCAAAGGGACUCACUGGCCUUCGAUCAACAAUUCUAAGCCAUACAAGAAACCUUUCACUCAACACCGUGACUGGCGGCGAAAGCUCCAGAGACGGUGAGAAUGAUCAGGCCACCACACCUAGGGCAUCACAGGAUGGUUCAUCAGAGGCCAAACAGUCCGAGAACACCCUGGCUCGGCUUAGAGCAGAAGCUGCCAAGAGGUUAAAGGACCUUCAGAAAGCCGAGGAUGCCGCUGAUGAGGCCCUUAUCAAGUUUGGCGGCAAUGUCCGGAACUUCCUUCGUGAUGCCGUCAGUAUUGCACCUCCGCAGGAGUCUGACCAGAGCGGCACUGUCCUCUUCGAGAGUAAGGAUGCUCAAGGCAAGCGUGUCAUUCAUACAUCGAGAUUUGAUGCUCAACUACACGUUAUUCACACAUCAACGGAGAGUUUUACAAAAGAUCCCAACAGUGCUGACUACGCAGAGUGGUCAAAGGAAUUUGAUGCUGAUAAGAAGACACCUGAAAUCAACGAUGAUCUACAGAAAUUCCCCGACUUGCGAGCUACUAUGGAGAGGUUGGUUCCUGACCAAGUUCCCUACGUUGAUUUCUGGAAACGCUACUAUUUCCUUCGUCAUGGUAUUGAGACAGCCGAGGCUAGACGACGAGAUCUUCUCAAGGGUGAGUCAAUUGGGUUUUAACAGUGCCUUGCUAACAAUCGACAGCUGCCUCCGCUGAGGAUGAUGUUGCCUGGAGUGAUGAUGAUUCCGACGAUGAUGACUCUGACGCCUCCGAUGAUACCAGUACACCCGCGGCUAAGACCAAGGUUGAGACCAAGGUUGAACCCAAGGACCAGCCCAAGACUACCCCUGCUGCCCCCUCCACCACUACCACCACUACCCAACCUGCAAAAACCCUCUUGAAGCCAACUGAGCCCCGCAAGUCAAACGACGAGAAGUCACAGGCGGAUAGUGAGGCUAGCUACGAUGUUGUUGGUGCGGCAUCUGGC